AUGGCAUGGUUCUUUGCUCACCACAUCAUCUUUUUUCUACGUGGCAAUCUCACGUCAUUAGUCCAUCAUAAGUCGACAUUCAUCAUGUCGAAGGCCAUCGUGGUCAAGAGUUCAGACGGGGAGACGUUCGAGAUUGAUGAGGCGGUGGCGAGUCAGUCACAGAUAAUCAAAUAUAUGAUUGAAGACGGAUGUGCUGAUGGUGUUAUCCCUCUUCCAAACGUCACCGCUAAGGUCCUCCUUUCCAAAGUUAUCGAAUACUGUAAGAAACAUGUCGAUGAUAAUUCAGAAACAAAGAAAGAUAAUCAUCAUGAUGCAGAGGCUGCUGAUCUUAAAACGUUUGAUACCGAGUUUAUGCUGUCAUUAAAAGAUGAUGUUCAUGUGUUACAUAAGGCUGCAAUUUAUCUGGAAAUCCAGGGUCUGAUGGAUUUAUGCUUGGAUUAUACAUUUAAUCUGGAGAUUGUCAAGAAUCAGUUCCGCGACAUGACUCCCGAAGAGGAAGCCAAGAUUCGUAGGGAGAAUCCAUGGGCUUUUUAA